AUGCAAGCUGAGAAAGCAUCGGUUUUAAAGCACAUCAAGAACUUGAUCAACUGUCUGGUCAAUAUCAAGGACGAAACUGGCGAAUUCCUCCUCACACUUGAGGACGGACGGGUGAUCGAUACCAAAGGCUGGAAUGACUGGGAGUGGACACACGGUGUCGGGCUCUACGGAUUGCUCAGGCUGCAUGAAAUCACGGGCGACGAAGACGCGCUGCGAAUCGCACUGAGCUGGUUCAGGGACCGAUUCGCAGUCGGCACGACCAAGGCGAGCCACAACAUCAACACGAUGUCGCCCUUAUUAACGGCGGCCUACUUGCACGAAGCGAAAAAGGCCAACUACCUGGUCCAUCUCGACUCGUGGGCAGAGUGGGUGAUGUACGAUUUGCCUAGAACAGACGAGGGUGGCUUCCAGCACAUCACGUACAGCAUGGACAACUACCAGCAGCUGUGGGAUGACAGCCUCAUGAUGUGCGUUCUCCCUCUGGCGAAAAUCGGGCUCGUUUUGGAUCGCCCGCACUAUGUCGAGGAGGCCAAGCGGCAGUUCAUGCUCCAUAUCUGCAAGACCUCAAGACGGGACUGUGGUUCCACGGCAAGGUGGACGUUUGACGGGCACCAUCAUUUCGCCAACGCGCUCUGGGGGCGUGGCAACUGCUGGGCGACUGCUGCGAUCCCCGAUUUCAUGGAGAUGCUGCGCCUCGCCCCGGGGGACGGCCUGAGGAUGUUCCUGACCUCGAGUCUGGUGCGCCAGAUAGACGGGCUCGUGGGAUGCCAGGACGAGGAAACCGGGCUGUGGCACACCCUCCUCGACGAUCCGACGUCCUACCUCGAGGCCUCGGCGACAGCUGGAUUCGCGUAUGGGAUCAUGAAAUCUCUGCGGCUGCGCUUUAUUCCCAGAGAAGAUCGAUAUGUCCGCGCAGCCCAGAAGGCGAUUCAGGGUGUGCUCAAGCACAUCACAGCCGAGGGAGAGCUCCAGAACGUCUCGUUCGGGACUCCGGUAUUCAGCAACAUCGAGGAUUACAAGAGAAUCAAGCUGACGAGCAUGCCCUAUGGCCAGAGCCUUGCCUUGCUGGCGCUCACAGAAUAUCUGCGGACCUUUGUAUAG